AUGGCCUCUUUUCUCAAAUUGGCGGCUGCCGGUCUUUUGAUCGCCUCCGCAGGCGCUGUUCCCACCAAGCAAGUACGCUCUACAUCCGUGCAGAAAAGGUCCAGCAGCAAGGCCGGUGCUGCUUACAACGAUGCUUCUCUCGUCACGACCUUGUGCGGCGAUUCUAGCGGUAUCUCAUGGGCCUACAACUGGGGCAGUUCCAGCGAUGGCGACUUGCCUUCUGGCGUCGAGUACGUGCCCAUGCUCUGGGGCACCAGUAGCCUUUUCGUCGACGGAUGGACCUCAAAUGUCGAGGCAGCCCUUGCAGAUGGCAGCAGCUACAUCAUGGGUUUCAACGAGCCUGAUUUGGCUUCUCAGGCCAACCUCGCUGCCUCCGAUGCCGCCACAUACUACAAGCAAUAUCUCACCCCUUACUCUGGUAAAGCGAAGCUAGUCAGCCCUGCUGUCACUUCCUCUUCGAGCACUACCGCAGGUCUCGCUUGGUUCGAGUCUUUUAUCAGCGAGUGCACUGACUGUGGCGUAUCCGUUCUCGCCGUCCACUGGUAUGGCGACUCUGUCUCUGAGCUCCAGUCUUUCAUCACCGAAGCGAUCAGCACCGCCUCCAACCACGGUAUCUCCGAAGUCUGGCUUACCGAAUGGGCCUUGAGCGCGGAUGAAGGUGGUAUCACUGAUUUGGCUACUGCUGCCUCCUUUGUCCAGGAAGCCGGUGCAUGGCUUGAUGAGCAGUCUGCGCUUACCCGCUACUCCUACUUCUACGUCGCCAAUGGCUACCUGCUCACAGACGGCGCGGUAAACUCUGUUGGUAGUGCUUACGCAUCUGCUGCUUCAUCUUCGUCUUCCUCUUCCUCCUCAUCCUCCUCCUCUUCGAGCACCACAUCUACAACAUCCACCUCGACCUCCAUCUAUGUCGCUCCCACGACUACUUCGAGCUCAACAUCCACCUCUAUCUACGUCGCCCCAACCACGACCACUGCUGCUGCCGUCCCAACAGUCGAUACCAACAAUAAUGUCGCGGAGACAACCACGGAGGCAUAUGGUGCUGCUCAGGCUGCAACUACCACGGCUGCGGCGACCUCUACAGCACCCGUCGUGCUAACAACAACAACCGUCACUAUCAAAUCGACCGUGACCGUGACCACGGGCUGCGUGCCAACCCCGCCGCCCUGCGAGUCAUCCUACGUGCCGACGCCCUCAUCAGGCUUCGUAACACAGACAGCCGUGCCCUCUGCCGUUUAG